AUGCAUGCAUCAGCUUUAAUUCUGACUGCCUUUUGUGCCACCACUUUUUUGCCUACAACUCAGGGCGGAAAUGUUGUUGUAGAUUUCAGAUUCAAAGCUGAUGAUAAAGUUGAAGAUCUUCCCAAGAAGACCAAAUUCUUAUUUUUUUGUGAAAAGAAAAUCACCGAAGUCUUCGAAUAUCUCAAGGGUACGGCACCUAAACCUACUGAGCUUGAACUUUCGAUUUCGGAUGCUUGUGUGUUCCUCCCUGGUGGCGGUAAAAAACAAUUUGGUUUCAGGCGUGCAGAAGUAUUACCAAAGUAUGAACCCAAGACAGUCGAAACUGGGAAGAAGAUUUAUCAUCAUAGUGUGAAACUUGAUAACAAGCACCCGAUCAAUGCAUCUCACCAGUACAUCCUCGCCAGCCUUGAGGACCCCAAGCUGGGGAGUUCAAUCUACGAUAUCAUUUGGGGGACAGAGUUCGAAGGCACUAGGAUCGAUAAGUUUACACCGGAUGAAAAGGCUAAUAAUUUCAGAGUCAGAGAUUUCGCGAGGAAAACCUUUGCAACGAUCCCAGCCAGUGAUACAAGUAUUGUAAACUUUGCAAUUGAAGUAGAUUUCACAAGCAACAGUCUUCAAGUUCAUUCAUCAAAAGACCAAGAACCACUGAAAAAAGUGGGAGAAGCUCACAAGAAUGAUGAUAAGGCAAAAGCAAGUUAUGGAAAUUGUGAACUACAUGUACAGCUCAUCAAAUUUCCUAUUGCAAAUGGAACAGAAAAGCUCGAGGAUAGAAACAAUGUACCUUUCUUUGGCAUCCAACCACCCAUCAAAGAGAGAGAAUCAGUCUUUCAUUCAAGAGUCUUUGUGGAGGAUGCACCAUUGACAACUGAUCCAAAUGGUCCCUCAGCAUCUGCAAACACCACUUCUACCAAUACCACCACUACUACUGGUACUGGUAAUGGCACCAGUACUGGUAAUGGCACCAGUACUGGCAGUGGUACUGGUAAUGUCACUGGUACUGGUACUGGUACCAAAACUGGAGGUAAAACGUAA